AAUAAUAUCUUCAUCCUUUAACCUUCUAUAUGCUCUGUUCUUCCUCACGUCGCAUUUUAGGUUGCAGAAGUCUCGCGGUUUUUGCAAUCUCUGUUCCGAAGUUCUAUAUACCCCGCCAUCUCUCAUCUGUUCCGAAGUUCUAUAUACCCCGCCAUCUCUCAUCUGUUCCGAAGUUCAUAGUAUCAGGGCUCCCCCGUUCUUCUUCGAUACCCUUUUCUUUUUUCUCUCGAAAGCCCAUCUUGUUCCUAGUCAAAUCAGCUUCUACGAUGGCAAGCCAAUCGAAGAAAGAACCAACAUCCAUUCACGAUUUUACUGUCAAGGAUGCAAGGGGAAAUGAUGUCGAUCUUAGCGUUUACAAGGGAAAGGUUCUGGUGAUCGUUAAUGUUGCAUCACAAUGUGGAUUGACCAAUUCGAACUAUACGGAGCUGAGUAAGAUAUACGACAAGUACAAAGAUCAAGGUCUAGAGAUAUUGGCUUUCCCAUGCAAUCAAUUUGGUCAGCAGGAGCCAGGAACUAACGAACAGAUUCUGGAAUUUGCCUGCACUCGCUUCAAGGCUGAGUAUCCCAUUUUUGACAAGGUUGAUGUGAAUGGGCAAAAUUCUGCUCCAAUUUACCAGUUCUUAAAGUCAAGCAAAGGUGGGAUAUUUGGAAGUGGAAUCAAGUGGAACUUCACAAAGUUUCUGGUUGACAAAGAGGGGAAUGUGGUUGAUCGCUAUGCUCCAACAACUUCUCCUCUUAGUAUGGAGAACGAUAUAAAGAAGCUGUUGGGUGUCUCCUAAGUGCUGGGAUACAGAGGUUUCAUUGCCAUUUGCCCCUACUAAAUAAAAUAGGCUUAUGUUCAAAUGGCUGUGAAGUGGUCUUGUACUAAGAUAUAAAUUGCACCAGAUCAUGUUCUAUUUAAAUAGGCAUUAACAGUUUCUUCCCGUAUUUCCCAGCAUGUUUACUGCCAA